AUGGUCUUUGAAAAAGCCAUUCUGCUUCACUGGCACCUCGAACACGCUUUCGUGUUUCGUCAGGCACAACAAGUGAACAACUCUGGCUACAGUGUUCAAUCAGGACAGUACAUAUCACAGAGGGGGAAACGACUUAAAACCAAUAACCACGCUGAAGGAGACGAGUUGGAGUUUCAAAACUUCAUUGAGUCAAUCUACGACGAUUACAAAGUCCGCCAAGACGAAGAUCAGACUGCAGCGAUUACCAAGCCAACCCCAACCAAACUCUUGAGAGUUAACGAUGAAAACGAAGGGAUGAAGUCAUUUUUCGACCAGGUCGUGAAGCUUUGCCCAAGACCAACCUUGAUUCCGGUCCUGAAUAAGCACGGGGAUACCAGGAAAUUGACCGACAGGAAGACGCAGAUAUCCGCCAAAGCUUUUGUUCUUGUCCAUGCUGUUCAAAUCCUUCUUUUCGCUCCGAUGGACUGGGAGAGACACCGAUCCUACUCUCGCGACAAUCAACAGUAUGCUCAUCGUUUUCCAACCCCUGCGACAUGUGGUGGUGAUACUGGAACAGAGGUAGCGAACUUGUUUUCUAUGGAAGACCUCCAUCGCGCCAUUUUGAUGUUCUACUUCCUCGUCGGCCACGAAAUCGAGUUCGAAGGUUACGUGGAUCCACUUGCAGCGGAGAAGGCGGCCGUCCCAGAGAACUGGGAAAGGACUUUUCGAGAACAACAGAAGGAGAAAGUCGGGACUUCUGACUUGCUGGAUGACGAUCAGAUACCUCCGAAUCCUGAUGCCUUGCCUGUCGUCACUGGAAACCACAAUGUCGAUGCCUGUACGGCACUGCUGGAGCCCGCCCAAGCAACACGACCAAAGCUCCAGAUUGCCAGGAAACUCGCUGAAGCCAGGAUCGACGGCAUGGCGCCCAUAUCUAGAACAGCCUUUAAAGCGGUCAUGCGCACUCUCAACCGUGUGCAUGAUCAACCAGACUUCGACGUCAACUUGGCUCGGCUUCAAGAAACAAUUACCCAUGUCGACAAGUUUAUCCCUGAAGACCAGAUAAACGAUUUCAUCCGUAGCCAACAAGAGUCCGAAGUCGUCACUGAGUUUCGACUCGCGAAUCCGGACAAGGAGGCGGAAUUGCAGCAGCUCAGUCGUCAACAGUACGCUCUCGACCAUGUCUUGUCUUCACUUCCGCCAAAACAGUCUGAAGGGGGGCUACAGGUGUUGUAGAAGUAUGGGACUGUGCCUUGACUUGACCUCAGGCUGUAUCCUGACCGUGAGGAUGGCGACGCAUCUUCCUCUCAAACGACAUGGGGACGGGCAAGACCAAGGCAUACCACAACUCCAUCGUUCUCCGCCAACGAGCCAAAGAGGAACGCUACAAGCACGACAUGGAGACCGGGGGCGACACGGAUGUUGAAUUUUACCCAACACUCAUUCUCAUCCUAGUCAGUUCGAACGUGGAAGAAAGCUUAGGGCCUGAGCAUAUCCUAAACAUAUCCUAAGCGGCGAACAGAUUUAGGCAAGUUUGGUGUAAUU